AUGGGGCUGGGGCGGCUGCCGCCCGGGCUGGUGCUGGCGCUGGUGCUGGCUGUGGGGGCCCAGCCCCAGGAGCAGCUCCCCAGGGAGUCCCACAACCUCAACUGGAACAAGUUCUCAGGGUUCUGGUACAUUCUCGCCAUCGCCACCGACGCCAGGGGGUUCCUGCCGGGCAGAGACACGCAGAAGCUGGGGGCGGCCGUGGUGCGGGUGCACAGACUGGGCCAGCUGCGGGUGGUCCUCGCCUUCCCCCGGUCUCAGGGGUGCCAGUCACGCGCGGUCGUCCUGAGGAAGGACGGGAAGAAGGCGGUAUUCCGGAACCCCUGUGCGUGUGAGGCCGGGGAGGAAGGCGGGGGGGGGGUGAAGGGCGUGGAGGGCUUCCGCGUGCUGACCACCGACUACAGCUACGGCGUCGUCGACCUGCGCCUGGGCCGGGCGGGCCGGCGCUCCCAGGCCCUGCUGCUCUUCAGCAGACGGAACGAGACCACCUUCCCGAGCAUGAGGAGGUUCGUGGACAUCUGUGAGACCCGGGCGCUCACAGCGGGCGCGACAGUGCUCCCCAAAGACGCGCGGCCGCCGCCCCCCUCCGCGCCCGUGACGCCGACGCCCUCUCAGGAAGCCACUCGCUUCGUCACCAACCCGGCGAGCACGUGUUCCGUGCCGGGCGCCGCGCUAGCUCCCGGGGGCGAGCCGUGA